AAGAAAAAGCAUUCUCUUAUAAGAAUCAAUCCAUCAUCAUCAUCACCAUCAACCUCGUAGUCACCUUUUGUCUCUCUUUACGUAAAUAGUUUAGUCAACUUCAAAUACUAAAAUUAUUCAGUUUCCUUAUAUAUAUAUAUUAAAUAUAUAUUUCUCUUCUUCUUCUAGUUUUUUUAACAUCACAAACAUAAAAAAAAUGAACACUAAAAAUGAUGAGCUCGAACAAUUCUUGCCAAAAACCAACAUUACUAAAGCAACGCCUGACCUUCAGAAAUUCUUGCCUAGCCAUGCUAUGAAAUGUUCCGGUGACGAGCAAAACAAGGGAGAAUUAUUGAACGAGCAGCCGUUAUUAAUGGGGAGUUCGCGGUGGAACCCGACGCCGGAGCAGCUACUAGCGUUGGAAGAAAUGUAUAGACGCGGAACAAGAACACCAACGGCUGAGCAAAUACAGCAAAUAGCUGUGCAGUUACGUAGGUUUGGGAAGAUUGAAGGUAAGAAUGUUUUUUACUGGUUUCAAAACCAUAAAGCUAGAGAACGACAAAAACGACGCCGUGAAGUUGAAGCUAACUGUAAAUCAAGAAAUAUCAAAGAUUCAGGGUUGAGAAAGACAGUUCAUGAUCAGGUUGAACAAGUUUAUACUCCGAACUGCAGUGAUGAUCAGCUUGUAGAGGGACGUUUUUCGAUGCACAGAGGAGCUACAGCAGAAAGCUUGUCAACAACUGGUUGGUCACAUUUUGAAGAGAACGAACAAAUUAUAACCAGUAAAACAGACAAGAAUUCCACGUGGCAUAACACUGUGGAUUCAACAUUCUUCAAUAUUCAAACCCUACAGAGUUCAUCAUGGACGUCGUUUAAACCCAAGAACGUUGAAGAACUUGAAACCCUAGAGUUAUUUCCCUUAAACAGUAACGGAGGAUUUAACGGCAGCAUGAAGGUGGAACUGGACGACAGAAAAGUAGGGAUCAGAGACAUAAAUACAAGGUUAAAUCCAAGGCAGUAUUUUGAGUUUUUUCCACUGAAAAACUGAGGAAAAAGCAUGUGAGAACAAUGAAGAAGGUUUUAAAUUAGUUGCCAUUGGAGAGAAUUAGUGUAAGGUAGUUAAUAUGUUUUGGUUUGUUUUUUAGUUGGAAAUUGGGACUGUUGCUUCUGUAUAAGCUGCUCAUAGUUUAACUCUAGGAUAAGGACAUGCAGUGUUAAUGUGAGGAAAUAUUGCCCUAAAAUGUAUUUGGACCAUGUUGGUUUUUAACCUA